AAAGGACAAGGCCUGCCAAUAGCCUUUCCCGCAAAGUUUUUUUUCCCUCUCUCUCUCUACUCUCUGGCUGGAGGACAAACUUGGGCAGAAGAAACAGCCUCUCUCGUUCUAGAAGACAGACAUUACAGGCAAAUUAGCAGUAAUGACUAGUGGUGUACAAGAGCGACUCCCAGUUUGACAGUACGUAUCUAUUCCGUUCUUCGUGGCGCUUCAUCGCCACGGCUUCUAACCAGAGAAGAAAACAAGACGCCAAAAUUUUACUUGGCCGUGAUUACUGCGUUUAAUAGGCGAUCAUAACUGUCGCAUGGGACAGGUCAGCCAGGCCCUGUCGUAGAGGGUGCGUGUGUAUGUCUGGGACUCCCAGACUUGAUUGCUCAAAUCAUCAUCAUUACGCCAUUUAUGUUUGCCGGAAUAGCUGGGAUCAUCUUCGCACUUGUCAAAACCUGGAAUUUCGGAUUAUCGAGAUACAGAUUAAUCACUUCAAUGCGGAUUAACUUGGCCCGGACAAUUAACUCAUAAAAACAACUACAGGAUUUUUGACGUCUCAAAUAAAAACAAAACAAAAACAAAUCGCAUGUGUUAAACAGCUACAAAAUCGUUGGUGUUAAGUCAGCAACAAAAUCGCUGUUAAGUCGACUACUAAUGUGAUAGCUAAUUAGAUCGAAGUACUUUCGGAUAUUUCCAUUUGUUAUUCGGCGACUUCGGUUCAAAGUUUCAGUGAUUGAUUAUAAGUGAUAACUUCUUCAUUUCAUUGUAGCUAACUAUAAGUGUGUGUUAAUUUUUUGUUUCUUUUAUAAAGCUUCUAACGAAUUUUAAUAGUAAGUAUUAUUUUAAAUUAAAAUACUUAAAAAUAAUAAAUUAAAACCCAGUGAAUAUGACGUCAAAGUCCGUGUUUCAGAACUUGAAAAGAUAAAUUUAAUAUAAUGUCAGCGAAUAGAUAUUUAAGCAAAUUAAAUUAUGCACAUUUUUCUGUUUAUUAUGGCCAAUGUUUAUAUAAUAUCCGAGCCUCAACGUACACAUGUAUGUGACCUUUAGGAGACUUUUUCUUACAGCCGGAUUUUGUGCACAUUCUUCUCUCAUGACCAAAUGUUUUCCGAAAGAUUUCAACAUGUUUAGCUGGAAAGCUCGGGUUUGAUUCUCUACGGAUAGCGCUCGCCAGGACAAAUUGUGUGACCAUCCCAGUUCUUCGGUAUCUUUUUUUCACCUAUUUAGUGUUUCAAGGCCUUGUUUAGAGGUCUUGAAAAUUAUACGGCCGUCAAGCUGCAGGAAAAAAUUGAGGAUCAGAAAUACCUGGUGGACCCGCCGUUCGUCUCGUGCGGGAACUCUUACUUCCAUUCCGGUUACAGGCCGCCACUUGCCACCAUGUUGAACAUGACGUCAGGGAUGGACAGUCUGGACCAGGACAUGAUGAAACAGCAGUCCGCCUUCAUGGAGCUUCAGCAGCAGUCUGGGGGCAUCGGACACGGCAUGGGCCACCAUCCCGCCUACCAGAUACGGUCUCAGUACCCCGGCGGGCACCCCCAGCACCCACAGGCCCAUGAGUCCGUCUUUUCCGGCCCACAGCACGGCCGCGGGCUGGGCUACCCUUUUGGUAUGAACGGAAUGUCAGGGUCGUACAAUAGCCCGCCCACACAUCCGUUCUCAGUCAGCCCGUACCAGACACCGUCACCCCCACGAGAUGAUAAAGGUCAGGUGGAAGAACAGCUCAGGAUCAACGGCAAAGGAAAAAAGAUGCGCAAACCCAGAACGAUCUACUCCAGUCUGCAGUUGCAACAGCUGAACAGGAGGUUUCAGAGAACUCAAUACCUCGCUUUACCGGAGAGAGCGGAGCUCGCCGCGUCCUUAGGACUUACUCAGACACAGGUCAAGAUCUGGUUCCAGAACAGGCGCUCUAAGUACAAGAAGAUAAUGAAACAAGGCGGAACUCCCCAGUCUCAACCGUGCUCACAACCCCCCUCACACCAGGGCUCAGCGUCGUCUCCUCCCCAGCAGCAGGCGAUGGGUAUCAAGCAACAGCAGUCCUCGUUCCUUGACGACGGGCCCCCGGGUUCGGACAUGCACCCGGGCUCCCAGGGUUCCCCGACGCCACAGCACGGUCUUCAGCACCCGCACCCUCAGGGGACCCCGACCCCGUUGCUGCCCGCCUCCUCACCCAUGAGUCAGCAAGGCAACGUCCUGUCCUGGUCAGACUUGGGCACGGGACCCACCUCAGGGCACGGCCACGCCCACGGCCAGCAUCACAACCACCAACAGAUCGGCAACGCCUACAUGUCACACUACUCAUCCUGGUACAGCCAAAACGGAAUACCACACCAGCAGUCAUUACUCACAUAGACCAAGAGCCAGGGGGCGCCCUUGUCGCUCUGGACAUUCAGAAACUACUUAUACUAUCUACCAAAUGCUACUAGGCGGACUUAUCAACAUAUUCCCAAAACAUCCACCUCAAUUUAAAGAAAAAACAAAAUCAACUACUUCAAACAACGCAAUAUACUAUCUAACAGAGAUAGACGUCUCGGACGGAGGACUCUUUUUCUGGAUGUACAAUUUGUUUAACGCCACAUCGUCUUAUGGACAUUAUGAAUUUACAGAUUUUUUUUUUUGAUUUUUUUUUUGCAUGACAUUAGCUUGUUACGUAGUGUUAAGUGACAUUACAUUAAAAAGUCUUGUCAGAGUUAAACAGGAAAAUAAUGUAAAUCUUAAUUCAAUGGCCAUCAUCAUUAACGUUGAUUUAUGUGCUUACAUUCGUAAACAGCCAAAUACAUCAGUGAUUUUAAAGGCCUGCUUAAUAAUGCCUAGUACAAAGAUAUAUUCUGUUAACCAUUUGUUACCAGAUAGAUAUAUACAUACAAAUAUGAAGGUUAGGUCGAUACAUGUACUUUUGUUUCGUCCAACUCUGCAGAAAGGCGUAAAACGCCAAAUGGGGUCUUUGAGUAUUAAUUGUAACUACUGACCACUAAGCACUUUAAUAAGAAGCACUUGAGUACUCUCGUUGUUUCCUACGACAUUUUAGGAAGUACUCAUCUCUGAAAAGUUUAAUCUCUCAAGAGAGCCGCUUUUUAAAUCGGAAAAACACAAAUUCUUGGAAAUCGGCAGACGGCUUAUUUCGUUGAACUCUUGCAAUGCGCAGUUCUUCAGCCGUCUGCUGCAUCGGGUGUUCUCUAAUGAAUGAAAUCAAAAAGAACAUCCUCGGUGAAUGCUGGAAAGCAGAAUGAAGCCAAGUCUGCGUAGAGCGGAGGUCGAAACCCACACCAGAUCUUACAGCUAAUACGCUGUGAUACACCCACAUUCAGUUCAAGCAUUUAGAUAUUCUUUCACAUGGGAUGGUACUGACAGGAUAAAGAUAAAAAUAUUUAACCAUCUUUACAGAGAGAUAAAAAAAAAUUGACUGUUUCUUGUAUUUCUUUGUUUCUUUGAGAUAACCCAAAGUGUGUACAGAUUUUCGUUUUGUGUAUUUUCAAAUUUGUUUCAGGUGUACAAACUGUACAUAACAUAGAACUCAUCGUCUCUGUUACACCACACAAGUGGACAUUUCGCCGUUUUAGGCCAAAAUAGGACAAAUCAAGGAAAAUUGAUUUUUUUUUGGGGGUCUGAAUAUAUUUCUUUGUUGUUUUCUGAAUGUACAACUCAUAUUGUCUCGACAUGCCAUAUGUCAUUAUGUCAAGACAUUUGUUUAUGUGUUUUUAAAAUUUUACAUAAUACAUAUUUAUUUAUUUUAAAAACGGAAAAUUUGACCAAAUCAGCGCAUCUGUUGCGGUAUAGCUACAAGUGAUUUAGUUCAUCAUUUAUAAUUUAUUUUUUUUUAAAGUGGUCACCACUACGACACUAAGGUCCCAAAAACAAAUUACUAGAAAGAUAAUUUGGAAUGUUUUUUUAUUUUGAAAGUCCUAAUUGAACAUUAGAGGUUUUGAUAAAAUCUUAAUUACAAACUGAUUCUGGACAAAAUCCAAAUUCUCGGCUCUACAUUCUCUCGAAGUCAUUUCUCAGGUUGAGAACUAGUCGCUUCACUGGGUUGGGGCUUUAUCUUUCUUGCGUCUCAUCAAAAACGAAUUAAAAAUUGAAGUGAAUUAAUAAAAAAGACAUAAUAAUAAUCAUCAUAAUACUGAAUCUAGAAGAGGUCAAACUUUAAUCAGUGUAAACUGGUAAAGGGACUACGAUGAAUUUGGUUUCCCUUUAACGAAACUCGACCCUGGCAGCGCCAGAGAAUGAAUACUCGUUCGUUUCUAAUAUAAUAAUAAUAACAAUAAUAAUAAAAAUAAUACUAAUAAUGGGCUCCACAGCCAAAUGAGAAAGUGUUCGGGAUAGACGUUCUACGACGGAAGGAGGCCAAUAUAUAAUAACAAUAAUAAUAAGGAUUAUGAAUCUAGAAGAGAUCAAACUUUAAUCAAUAAAGAUUUUAAAAUUUUGUAUAAAGUUUGGAAAUCACAUUUCCUCCAUAUAGAUUUUCAUCUGUGUCAACUGUCUCAAAAAAUACAAAGAUUUGAAUAAGCAACAAAAUAAAAAAUAAUAAAUGUAUGAACAAACAUCAUUUUAGACUUGAUCCUCUGCUAGACAGAUACUGACCUUGUGGUAUGGGCUCAUGUUUAACUUGAAGACAUACGCUCAACUAAUUCAUAUAAACGUAUUCAGAUCAUUGCAAACAUAUUUUAUAAAUACGUGGACAUUCAAGUUAUUGGAAAUAAAAACAUUUUAAGUAAAAGUGGAGCAAGGCUAGACCAGAACUUCACAUUAAUUUUAUUAUUUGACCUGGUUUAUAAAAAAAGAAGGCAGGGAGUAUUGCAAAGAUUAAGCAGCUCUGUUUCCGGAGUUUUAUAUUAAAGACAGACUCGCCACUUCUCUGAUUAGUUUUUAAUUGAUCAUGUUUUAAUGCUAAAUACUUAAAGAAAAAGGGUCUAGAAACUAGAAGAGAAAAACAUUUUCUAUAAAGCAAACUAGUUUACAAGAAAGGAUUUACAUUGUUCUCUAUUCAAUUAGAAGGCAAAAGUUUAUUAAGGCUAUAUUUUAAGAUCCACUGUAUUUUUCCCGGCUCACUCCCUUCCGAUCCCUACUAAUACAUGAAUAUAGAAACAGAAAGGUCUAGUAUCAAGAAAAAAUAAGUUCAAAUCUUUACAAAGAUUCGAACUCAGAACGUACAUGUCGGCACUGCCACUGAUAAUCAAAGACUGGUGUCUAUUAUGUAAUCACUUUUCGAUGAUUUCGUUUCGCUUGAAAGACUCGUCAUUAUUUUUUAAUGAAAGAAAAUGUCAUAUUAGUAGAGAUCUUAAAUACAGUAGUGUAAGAUAGAUGACUGCCUGGCCUAUUGGUGGCCAACCUUAUUCAUUCUGAGGGACGAUUAAACACCUGACAUGCGUGUCACGGCCCACAUGACCCCAAAAAAUAGUCAAGUUAAAUGGAACAUAGAAUCUGUAGUUUUGAAAUGCACUGCGGACAGACAUUUUAAGAGGCGCGGAUCGCACUUGGUCAUGGGUCGGAUGUAGCCCGCGGGUCGCGAUUUGCGAAUCAGUGGCCAAGCCAAUCAAUGACAUAGACUUAGGUUUUGCGACAAUGAUAAGUAUUUUUUGUUUACAAUACAGUCUAUUCUCAAUCGUGUACUGACGCUUGAAUCUCCAGCGCGCAACAGUCUUGUGAUGCCUGUUUUUAUUGUCCUUCAUCAUAACAUUGAUGUCCUUCAGAAAUACAUUGAUGUCCUUCAGAAUAACAUUGAUGUCCUUUCAGCAUACCAUAACAUGUAAACGAAGAGAAGUUGCUAACGUUUUUCUAUUAUUCUAUAAAUAUUUAUUACUCUAUAAAUAUUUAUUAUUAUAUCAUAAAGAAUCUUUGUAGAUAUCAUUUAUUUGUUUUUGUUUUUGUUUUUGUUCACAUUUGUUAACAUAACCAAAUUUCAGAUAUUAUAUUGUCAUUGUAUUAUUGUUAUUUUUGUUUCCAAAUGUUUGUAUUGAAUAGCUAGGAGCGCAUGGCGUAGAAUGGGCGGUGAAGCGCAAGAAUUUGAGUCCCAAAAUAUUUUCUUCUUCGCCAACUUUUUACAGAUUUGUUUUUUUGACUAUUUCAUUCGGUUGUUAACACAUCUGUCUGUAAAGCUGUGUGUACAGCCACAGCUGUCAUUUGUGAAAAUCUUGGGGUUGGUUCUGUGAGAGAGUAUGCGACUUUGAAUAGAAUGACAUAGAAUGUAUAUAGACAUUUAUGGACAUUUGUCAACAUAAUAGACAUGACUAGCCUAAGCGUAAUAAUGAAAUCUACACUUUGUGGUGAAAUGAAUCAGAAAUAUUUGAGUCUCUUACUAUUGUCGCUAUUAGUGUUACACAUUAACUGGGUAGUCUACAAGUGACUUAAACAUGUUAAUCUUUACACACAAAAAAAGAUAUAUUGAUCAAUUUUUAUAUUGAUUUUUUAGUUUAUUGAUUAAAUGAGUGAUAGGUUAUAUUAUCCGCUUUGUGAUCUGAUUUCGUGCUCUCUGCAUCGAAUUCACAUUUUUAGGGCACAACCAUUUGGCCUAACACAUCCCCCCUCCUUGUUUGUGGCGCCCUCUCCCCCACAGACGCAGAUCUGGCGCCCUUGCUUCGAAACAAAGCCCACUUCUACUGAACGUCGUUAGAUUUACUCUGACACGAUCAUUUGUUUCUUUAACAGGUUUAAUUACUGCAUUUUUAUUUUUUAAUUUUCUUUGGGACAUUUCAGUUUCAGAAAACAAACACCUGUACACAUUAUAUUUAGAUGCCAUAGCUCCUUACCUAUUUUUGUAAAUGACGGUGGGACAGUUAAGUCUCUGCCUGCCAGUUAUCAUUUAGUGUGGCUGUACCAUAUUUUGUCAAUAUUAAACAAAGAAGGGAAAGGGAGGUAAUCAUCAGACUUGAGCGCCUGUGACGUAAAGAUGGAUACAUGUUGUCUACAUUUGAUUCACUUCUCUCUUAUGUUGUAUUCAUUUCUGUUUUGUUUCUCCAGCACAGAUGUCUGUUACAUUUUUUUUUUAUUUGAUGGUGAAAGCAAACGUUGCAAUAAAUAAAGAAAAUGUAAAUUUUAUCUUCAGAAAA